AUGCCGACUGAAUUCCAUCUCUUCUCUGCGCUUCCAACCGAGCUUAGGCACGAUAUCUGGAAUCUGGCUAUUCGCCCCAAAGAGCCAGGAGUUCAUAUAUUCCGAGUUUACGGUAAUCAUUGGGAUCACCAAGCCCCGGAGGCCGUCCGGUUCUCAUACCAUGGGGAUCGAUUUUGUGGAUGGGGUCUCGCCGUACCUUUGCCACACGAAGAUGCCGCUUGUGUCAACAAACCUAGCGCGAGGAGUGUGUCGACAUAUAUGAUUGAUAUGGGACUAUGGACUGCCUGUCACGAAUCAAUGACUAUGAUGCGCAAAGCCUUUUCAAGGCCCAGGAGUAUCAAGUUCGGUGGACUUCGCAUCCCCGAGCCAGUGAUGUGUUACUACAUCUCUGGAGGUGCGCCACUUUAUUUCACAAUAGAUACAUCGGAGGAUCUUCUUAUCCUGCGAUCGGAUAGUUUAGGAUUCCACCUGGAAAAGAAUGACUGCGCGCUAAGCUUCCACUUCCGGCAAAUUGGCAUCGAAUACGAGUCAGACUGGGGAUCGCAGCUUCAUGAAUACAACCAUCAUCGCGGAGAAUGUCUAGCAUUUGACGAGCUUUCGAACCUCUUCGAUCAUUGGGAUUUCCGAUGCCUAUGUCUCGUCGAUUAUAACCUGAAGCGAAAGGCAAACGCUCCCCCUUACGACGGUUUAUGCUUUUAUGCAGGCAACAGGAGGCUUAUACAGGUGGACUUCUUAGACGAAAAUGAUCGGAACCACUGGGAGCAUAUUGAGCCAGUUCCAGAUAAAGAUGAAAAGUCUUCAUUCGCGUUCGCAGAACAGCUACGUGCAUGCUACGAAGAGAGGCAAGACAGGUAUCAACCUGUGUGCACACCUAGCAUAGGACUUCUUGCAUGGGAUAACUAUUGA